AUGAAAAGUAGCAAGAAUUUAAAGCAAAAAUUCGAAUAACUAAUUAGAUCUUUUGAUUAAUUUGGCCGCCCAAUAGCAUUUACUUACAAAAAUUGCUCUUCAUUUAAAACAACUUUCGGUGGUAUCGUUUCCUUGUGCGUUGGAUUACUUAUUCUUACCUUUUUAAUAUAAGAGAUUUUAAAAGUAAAUGAUAGGAAAACAACUAUUACGAAUUCUUCAUUUUUAAAAAAUUAAGUAAUAGAUUAAAGAGAGAUGAUCAUUAGCUAACAAGAAUUCGAUAUAGGAUUUUCAGUUUAAUUUCUAUAUUUGCCUGAUGGUAAUGUUAAGAGCAUUGAUCAAUACGUAGAAUUAAGCUUUUAGAAAAUAUUAAUUAGUAAUAAUAAAGGAGAAUACACCGAAGAAUAUAUUGACUUACCUUUUUCUAAAUGUCAGGCUGGAAGAUUCAAUGCAGAGAAAACUUAAACUGAAGCAUUUGGUAUAACUAACAGAUAUAGUUGCCCUAUAAAUUUUAAAACUGCAUUUUAGGGAUCAUAUACCACUUAAAAUGCUUAAAUGAUUCAAUUAUAAGUUAGAAAAUGCAAUCAAACGAAUCUUACUAUUAAAAAUAAAACUUUGACUUGUGCUUCAGAUGAAGAAAUAGCAAAAAUCUUAAACUAUCUGACUCUAAAUGUCCUAAUGACCAAUUACACUUCUUCAAUAUCUAACUUGGUAGGCCAAUAAAAUUUGACAUACUAUACAAUAACUGAUGAUUCAAUGUAAAUAGGAGAUUCUGAUAUUUUAGGAUCUUUUAUAACAUUCCAAUUACUACUUGAUGACUUAGUAACUACAACUAACAUAGAGCUAUAUACCCUCUCAGAUGCGUUUUCAAAUGUUGGAGGUAUUAUUGGGAUUAUUACAAUCAUAGUUUAAGUAUUGAUUUCUUAAAUUCAGGAAUACUUAUACUAUUAAUCACUUAUUAAACAGUAAUUUCAAAUCACAUCUGAUUUAAUUGUCAAAUAGCACAGAAAUGUAAGAAAAGGAAAAGCAAACUUGAAAAAUCUAAAGCAACCCUCCAUUACAGGAUUAAAAGGUCAUUAAAAAGUAACUUAACUUGAAAGCUUAAUUAGUGAUUUGAAGAAUUGA